ACCUCGCUAACCCACUAAUCGAGAUUCCUAGUGUGUACACCCCACAGGUUUAGCAGAGCUGUUUUGGAAAUGGCCGGAAGUUAAGAAACUGUGAACAACGAUUCUGAUAGGUCAAAUUCCAGACACAGGUAGCCUACUUGCCGAAACUAUUUUCUAGUCAGUGCAUGCGAUCAAGGCUACACCGAAACUCAGCACAGGUGUUUCCGACUAGUUUCACCUUUUUUGUUUUAUUAUUCCGCUUCGUGUUUUUAAAUGUAACUUUAUACUAGGCCAAACAUUUUAUUUAGGCCUACAGGCUUUUUAUAACGAAACUGUUGGAUUAAUUCUCCCGCCAGAUCGCCUAUUGGAUUCCUUUUUUUUUUGUUGCUUUGUGUAGAUGUGGGGUUUUUGAGUUUGUGCCGCUAACAAUGAAGAUCUUGGUACUUUAUUGGGCUGUUCUUUCAAGUAUAGGUAUUUUGACGUGUACGGCUCAAAAUUGUGGACAACAACAGUUGCAGAAUAGGAUUGUGGGAGGAUUUGAUGCAGAGGAAGGUGCCUGGCCAUGGCAGGUGGACAUACAGAUUCGGGGUACAGGCCAUGUUUGUGGAGGAACCAUCAUUGCAGAGGAGUGGGUGUUAUCUGCUGCUCACUGCUUCCCAGAUCCAAAUGAUGUCUCUUCCUACACCAUCUAUGCUGGUCGGCACCAGCUGAAUGGCUGGAAUCCCUUCGAGUCGAGCCACCGCAUCCGGCGCGUUGUGAUCCCGCCUGAGUACUCGGACCCUCAGGAGGGGGACGACAUAGCCCUGGUGCAGCUGGACACCGGGGUAAUCUUUUCGGACCGGAUCCAACCAAUCUGUCUGCCCAAUGACGACACGUUCUUCGACCCCGGGACGAGGUGCACCAUCACCGGCUGGGGGAAUAUCAGGGAUGGAGUGACCCUGCAAGGAGUGGGCACUCUGCAGCAGGUCAUCGUGCCAAUCAUUAGCCAGUCAUCCUGCCAGUCCAUGUACAACAUCAACUCCAACCCCAAUGACCCGGUCAACAUCAUGAGUGACAUGAUCUGCGCUGGCUAUCAGGAGGGAGGCAAAGACUCGUGUCAGGGUGAUUCUGGAGGACCUCUUGUUUGCCCCAUGGUCAACGGCGCCUGGGUUCAGGUCGGGAUUGUGAGCUUCGGACUGGGCUGCGCUCAGGCCAACCGGCCUGGUGUCUACUCCAAGGUCUCCUCAUUCAACCGCUUCAUCAAGUCCAACAUUCCGCAGCUCCAGCUGUUCAGCAGCGCCGGAAGGAUCCAGCGGGCUGUGACCACCAUGCUGCCAUCCAUUCUCACUCUCCUCAUGGUGGCACACAUAUUGAGAUAAGUUUUCUCCCGGACGCAGAGGUCACAACCUCAUACUAUGCAAAGGUAUCACAAAAAGGAAAUCACCUACUCUUAAGCAGCCCUCCUCCACAUGUAAAGUAAGAAUGUAAACAUGAUGAUUUGAUCUUAUUUGAUGAACAGAGUAAGCAUGUUCAAACAUGGCCACUUUACUUUUUCACUCUACACCAUAGCAUGCCACACUUGCCUCGGAAACUGUAUAGCUCAUGAUCUGUAGUAUCUCUCUCCAUGUUGAUACUAUGAAUGUGAAGAUGGCUAUUUUUAUGGACUGGGGUUUACUAGAAGUUCUUCAGUUUAUACACAUGUUCACAGUAAACGGGGACCAUACAUGGUAUUGUUUUUCAAAAAUGUGAAGCCAAUUAUGAAAUUAUAAUAAGAAAUGAUUACAACUCAUGAAGUAGUUCAUUGCACAGUUGAUCACAUUAUUGCAUACAUUUUUUUAUCUUUUAUUUUUAUAUAUGACGAAGAAUCUCAUGUAGUUUUAAAUGUGUGAUUAUUGCAAUAAUAAAAAUCAUAUUUUAUCCA